AUGGCAACUAAAGUUCUUAAUCUAACAGUCACUUCCGACUCACGACAAUAUCCAUACGAGAAGCGAUAUCCCGCAUCGAUGACCCUUCAUGAACUGAAAGAAAAAUUAGUGUUAGUCGUUGGUAGUUCGACUGAGUGCAUGCAAACAGAACUGCGUGACAAGGAUGGGAAAUUCAUAUCAUCGUUAACUGAUGAUCAGGCUACUCUUGAGAAAUUAGGCGUAAUCGAUGAUUCAGUGCGUGCAUGGAAACGACGUGAAGGUUUGAAAAUAAAAUACGAUGCACUUGCUUCAGCCGAAAACGAAGCAAAGCAGUUCAAUAUUGGUGAUCGCUGUGUGGUACAUAUAUCGAACCAGGAAGAGAGAAAAGGCGUCGUAUCUUACAUAGGAUUGACCAAAUUUAAAGAUGGUUACUGGAUUGGUGUCACGUAUGAUGAACCAAUUGGUAAGCACGAUGGAAGCGUUAAUGGUGAAAGAUAUUUCACUUGCGAAAAUAAUCACGGUGUAUUCGUACGACCUCGAGAUGUGAAGAAAUGUGAGCAAGAAGAAGAAAUGGAGGAAAUAUAA